UUAAGAAGCCAUGUUAUUGCUAUGAUAAAAAAAACCCACUGCUUUACCAACCUAACAAAAUCAGCGACACGCUUUUGACAGACUUCUGCCAUGGCAGUGUUACCUCCGGUUAUAAUUUUAGCUCAGUCAGUGGCCUCUGGCCUCACCCCGCCGGCUGUCAAAGUCAACCGAAUCCGAACCGUCAAAAUUUCCAUUAUUUGAUAUUGUAAAUUGUUGUAAUUGUAGGCCUUGAGUAGAAAGAACUGUUUCCAACAUCAAAAUAUUCAAAAUGUUUCUGUUCCUAAAGUAAGCCUAUUUUAUUUUAGUGUUUCUUGGUUUUUAGAAACAUUUGUACACACGUGUUCCUAUGUUUUAACUAGGCCUACGGUGUAAAUGCAGCUUUACAGCAGUUGUGAAGAGCGACCAAGCCUUUUGUAUGGUAAAUAUGCCUUCUACAAGCUUCUACUUAAGUCACAAGUUCCAAUACCUAUUGAGUGCAUCUCGGUGCUACGUUUUAUGUUGAUUACGAGCCAAAAACAGGUUAACACAGAAAGUAAAAGGAAUUAAAUCAAGAGAUUAUACAGAUUUAAGAAUUUAUAUAAUACAAUAGAAGAACACAGAAAAAGAAGAUAAAAAAAUCCCUCAAGUAUACUGAAGAAUACAUAAUGUGCAUAGCAUGAUUUUAAUACCAGAAGAUUCAAUGUUAAAUGAGAGAGAUAGCCUAUCAUAUAACUGCUGUACACUUAAGAAGUACUACAAAAGGUUACUAUUUUAAUACAUACUAAUUCCUUUGAUUAGUUAUUAGAUUUAUGUGUUAAGAUUCACAAAGUUAAUAAGUGCAAGAUGUUAACUCACACUAAUGUUUUUCCUAUCAAGUGUCCGAUAUGUGAGCAAAGACGUUCAACUCGAUUUGCAAUGAAGAUUCAUAUAUUAUAUCACACAGGAGAGCGUCCCUUUAAAUGUUUGUCGUGUGAAAAAACCUUUUUCCAACUCAAACAAGUAAAGAAGCAUUUGUUAAAUCACUUUGGGACAAAUUCUUACAAGUGUACUACAUGUGGCAAAUUUUUUGCUUCUAACAGCUAUUUGGAGACGCAUAUUGCAACAGUUCAUUCCAGUACAGGAAAAAUACCUUUUAAGUGUACCACAUGUGGAAAAUCCUUUACUAGUAGCAGCAAUAUGAAGAGACAUUUUGCAAUUGUUCAUUUAGGAGAGACACCUUACAAGUGCAAUAUAUGUGGAAAAUCCUUUGCUUCUAACAGCUAUAUUAAGAGACAUAUUGCAAGUGUUCAUACAGGAGAGACACCUUAUAAGUGCACUACAUGUGGAAAAUCCUUUGCUUUAAAAAUUGGUAUGAAGACACAUAUUGCAAGUGUUCAUGGAGGAGAGAGACCUUUUAAGUGCAAAACAUGUGGAAAAUCCUUUGCUUCUAACGGCAAUAUGAAGAAACAUGUUGCAAGUGUUCAUGCAGGAGAGAAACCUUAUAAGUGCACUACAUGCGGAAAAUCCUUUCCUUCUAACGGCAAUAUGAAGAAACAUGUUGCAAGUUUUCAUGCAGGAGAGACACCUUAUAAGUGCAAAACAUGUGGAAAAUACUUUGCUUUUAACAGCAAUAUGAAGAAACAUAUUGCAUGUGUUCAUACAGGAGAGACACCUUUUAAGUGCACUACAUGUGGAAACUCCUUUGCUUUUAACAGCUAUAUGAAGAGACAUAUUGCAAGUGUUCAUACAGGAGAGACACCUUAUAAGUGCACUACAUGUGGAAAAUCCUUUGCUUCUAAGGGCAAUAUGAAGAGUCAUAUUGCAAGUGUUCAUUUAGGAAAGACACCUUUUAAGUGCACUACAUGUGGAAAAUCCUUUGCUUCUAACAGCUAUAUGAAGAGACAUAUUGCAAGUGUUCAUACAGGAGAGACACCUUAUAAGUGCACUACAUGUGGAAAAUCCUUUGCUUCUAACAGCUAUAUGAAGAGUCAUAUUGCAAGUGUUCAUUUAGGAGAGUCACCUUAUAAGUGCACCACAUGUGGAAAAUCCUUUGCUUCUAACAGCUAUAUGAAGAGACAUAUUGCAAGUGUUCAUACAGGAGAGUCACCUUAUAAGUGCACCACAUGUGGAAAAUCCUUUGCUUCUAACAGCUAG